UUCACUCGCAUCACCUCUCGUCCCCGCAAAUCCCACAAGCUCCUCCACCACCACAAGCUUGACCUCACUCCGGUUGUCUACAAGGAAAUCCAAGAGAUUGUCCACGACGUCGCACCAGAUCACCGCCCAAUCGCCGUGUCGGAGAUCCAAAUCGAUAUCGGCAAGGCCGAGCACAGGGUCGUCUUCUCUGAUCGACUGUCGAGCGGUGAGAGCCAAGCGAUGAGCGGCAACGGCACAGCGUCGUUUGGAGACAGCGGUUCGAUGCCGGAGGUGUUGCAUCUAGGGUGGGGGCGGUGGUACACAUUCAGGGAGCUUGAGACGGCUACGAAUGGCUUGUCUGUGAUCGAUGGAGGUGGUCAUGGUAUCGUCUAUGGUGGUGUAUUAGCUGAUAGUACUCGUGUUGCUGUGAAGAAUCUUUUGAAUGACAGGUUAUCGCCUCAAAACACGCCUUUGCUUCCGCAGCCAAAGGGGAUGGUAGAUGCAGUUGUUGUGCCUGCUCCGCUAUCUUGUUACGGUUGUGGUUGUGACAGACCCAAGCAAUUCCAGCUGUGCCUCUGUCUGCCUUCCAUGAUCCAUCCAGUGCAAAGUUCUGUUGCCACAUUGAUAGCUUGCGAUAUUGUCACGGGGAUGUUAUCAACAGAGUAACUGUUGUGUUGCUAUCAAAUGGCCCAUAGGAUUGCAAUUGAUAUUGUCAUGGGGAUGUUGUCAAAAGAGUAACUGUUGCGUUGCAACCAAAUGGCCCAUAGGAUUUCACUUGCAUUGACUACUGUUGAUUCCAUUGAGGAAAAUUCACUGUGCGACCCCAUGAAAAAUCUAGUCCCAAUGAUGUUCCUCUCCAAAUUCGCUUGGUUAUAGGGC